GAUACAACAUAGAGGCAGCAAAACACUUUACCAGCAAGCAAGCCCGCACCUUCAAAAACCAACUAUUCUGUUCUUCGUCUAUAUUCACUCUUUCCCCGCGCAUCGAACGGUACUGCGAAUCUCUCUAAAUCUCCAGUAGAUUUAUUUAAAUCAUUCCUUUGGUUUCCUCGUAUAGAGCUGGGUAUAUUCUACUGAUCCUCAGAAAUCGAGAAAGUUUCGGCCGCUAAAAUCCUAGGUAAGAAGAGAUCUUCAAAGAUUCUAAAGUGUCGAAACUGAUCUCUGGUUUUCUGUUCAUAUAAUUAAUCACCAUGACAAGUGCAGAUAACGAUUUUCUUUUUGGCCUUUAUGAAGUCAACCCGGUACUGAGAAGUUGGUUCGGUUUGGUUUCUCGCCCUGUCUUUAUGUCUUUGUCAUUCUUCACCAAUCGUUACGGGGACGCUAUAAACUCCAUUGUUUCCAAAUUCCAGAUAUAAUCAAACUGAUAUAUGUGGUUCUAGCAAACAGAGACUGGAGGACUGAAAGCAGUGAAGCUUGGAGAAUUCUCAUCAAGAAACUCUUCCUUUUAGAGUGAUCCAGAUUGGGAAAAUAUGAGAGAAAACGUGCAGAAACUUGGGAGUAUAUUAUUCAAGGGCGGUUGUGGAUUCUAUAGGCAACUCUCAUGGAAGGGACCUGAAAGAAGGAAUAAUGUGCUCUUCUUCUUCGUUCUCUUCCUCUGUGCGGUUUUCGUUUCUGCUUACUGGAUUGACGCUUCUAUCACGGCAGAUUCGAAGCCAGCAAAUCUGUUCAAAGUUCUUCGUAAGCCGAAGAGAAGAAUUGAACUCCCACUCAAUUGCACAGCCGGGAAUCUGACACGAACUUGUCCGGCGGGUUAUCCGUCUACAUACGAAUCCGGGAAGUAUGAGAACUCAUCAGCCGCUCCGGUAUGCCCAGAUUAUUUCCGUUGGAUUCACGAAGAUCUGCGACCGUGGAAGGAUACCGGAAUCACGAGGGAGAUGGUGGAGGGAGCGGGAAGGAGUGCGAAAUUUAGGCUGGUGGUGGUAAAUGGCACGGCGUACGUAGAGAAAUACAGGAAGGCCAUUCAGACGAGAGACGUAUUUACGUUGUGGGGGAUUCUACAGCUACUGAGAAGGUACCCAGGCAGAAUGCCGGACUUGGACCUCAUGUUCGACUGCGAUGACCGGCCGCUAAUCAGAUCGCGGGAUCAUCGGGGACCCAACGCUGCCCCACCGCCCUUGUUUCGUUAUUGCGGGGACGACUGGACCUUGGACAUUGUUUUCCCUGAUUGGUCCUUUUGGGGAUGGGCAGAGAUCAACAUAAAGCCAUGGGAAUCUUUGUUGAAAGAGCUGAAAAAAGGAAAUGAGAUGACCAAAUGGAAAGAGAGGGAACCAUAUGCAUACUGGAAAGGGAAUCCAUAUGUGGCCCCAACCAGGCGAGACCUACUCAAAUGCAAUGUCUCUCAAGAACAGGAUUGGAAUGCUCGUCUCUACAUCCAAGAUUGGAACAGAGAAUCUCAACAAGGUUACAAGGAAUCAAACUUAGAACAACAAUGCACCCACAGGUAUAAGAUCUACAUAGAAGGAUGGGCUUGGUCAGUUAGCGAGAAAUACAUUCUAGCCUGCAAUUCUCCCACUCUGCUAGUGAGGCCUAAUUUCUAUGACUUCUUCACAAGAAGUUUAGUACCUGGCCGACACUACUGGCCGAUAAGGGGCAAUGAUAAAUGUAGAUCUAUAAAGUUUGCAGUUGACUGGGGCAACAAUCAUACACAAGAGGCACAGGCCAUUGGAGAGGCAGCUAGCAGCUUUAUACAAGAGGAACUAAAGAUGGAUUUUGUGUAUGACUACAUGUUCCAUUUAUUGAACGAAUAUGCUAAGCUCUUGAAAUAUAGGCCAACUGUGCCUCCAAAUGCCAUUCAGUUGUGUUCAGAGACAAUGGCUUGCCCUGCAAAUGGAUUACAAAGGAAAUUUAUGAUGGAAUCAAUGGUGAAGGCUCCUAAAGAAACAGGCCCGUGUGCCCUGCCACCACCCUUUGAUCCUGCGACUCUUCAAGCUUUCCAAAGGGAAAAACAAGAUUCAAUAAAGCAAGUGGAAACGUGGGAAGCUAAAUCCUGGGAGUCUAAUUAACACCUAUAGACUCUGGAGGGCCUUUUCUCCCUUCUAUGAUAGCUUUGUUUCUUGUAUAUCCAUCUCUAUAAAUGUAUGUUUAAUAUAGAGCUGAACUGAUUAGUUAUGUAUAAGAAUAAGGUAAUAGUAAUAUUAGGGCAUUUUGCGGUGA